CAAUCUUUCCAACGGCUAUCUUUCUCUCCUACGUGCGUUAUUCACUGUCUUCUCCUAACGGAUUCAUUCUGUUGCAUAUUCUUACUCUUUCUACAUUCUCACUAAAAACAACUCUUCAUUGUUAUCACGUUUUCAUCAGCUCAAGUUUUUGCUUUUUAAAGCAGUGAAAAUGAAGGGAAUGAAGGGGAAAUUCUUGAAGAAGCUCAAAUCAGUCAAGCAAAUUGGUUAUUUGAACCCAGAUCGAAUUCUUCAGGUUAGUAAUUUUGAUGGGUUUGUUGAUAAUUUUCAAUUGAAGUAUAAUUUUGUAGACAAUUUCACUUCCAAAUCUCAAACAAAAUCGAAUUGUUCCCCUAAACCUAAAUUCGAAAAACCCGAGGUAAUCGAUGUAGUUCAGCUCAUCAAAGAAUUCGAAGAAGAUGAAGAACAGGAAAAUCAUGAUGAUGGUCAAAAAAUUAAGAUCGAGAAUGAGAAGUUUGAUGAUAAAGAAAACAUUUAUUCUUCAGUAAUCUCCAAAGAUUCAGAUUACGAAUUGAAGAAUUCAAACAAUUGUUCCGUGGAAUUGGAGAAAUCGAUUAAAGAGAGUGAUUCCGAAAUCAAAAUCUCAUGUUUUAGGCGACCAGAUAUGAAUUCAAUCAGUUUAUUUGACCCAAAACUUCUUGCUGCAUUUGAAAAAGCUGUAAAAGAUCACAUAACAAUCAUGAAAACAGCUGAAAUCGAAACAACAAACAAGAAUCAUAAAUACCCAUUUUUUCAACCCGAAGAUCAAUCCGACCCAUUAAUGGAAUCCGACAAUGAAAUCGACCCAUUAACCGAAUUCGAAGAAAAAUGUCCUCCAGGGGGAAGUAAUUCAGUUAUAUUCUACACAACAAGCUUAAGAGGGAUUAGAAAAACGUUUGAAGAUUGUCAAAGUAUAAGAUUUCUCCUUCAAAGUUUUGGGUUAAUCUAUUAUGAAAGAGAUGUAUCAAUUCAUUCAGAGUUUAGAGAAGAACUAUGGAAGAUCAUGGGUGAAAGAUGUUUACCUCCAAGGUUGUUUAUAAGAGGAAGAUACAUAGGAGGAGCUGAGAAAGUAUUAGCAUUGAAUGAACAAGGGAAAUUGAGGCCUUUGUUUAGAGAUAUACCCAUCAAUUUUAGUGAAGGACCUUGUAAUGUUUGUAGUGGGUUGAGAUUUAUGUUGUGUUACAAUUGCAAUGGAAGUAGGAAGGUGUAUGAAUAUGAUGAUGAUCAUGAUCUAGAAGAUAGUCAUGGUGGAUUAUGGAGUCAAUGCUCACAAUGUAAUGAGAAUGGUUUGGUUGUUUGUCCACUUUGUUGAAUUUUUUGGCUUAUUGGCCUUAUUUUGAUUCAAUUUGAUUCUUUUGAUUCAUUUUAGACAUUACAUAUUGUUAUAUAGAAGUAUAUUAUGGGUAGAUGUACAUGUUUUUUCUAUGUUGAAAUGCCAAUGUUUUGCCCAUUUGGGGUUAAGAUGCAAAUGCAAUGGUUUUUGUGGUUACAAGUUUCUUCAUCUAAGUAUAGGUAUCCUUAGAAGUUGUAGAAGGAGUGUUUUGAUAUUUGUUUCAAAUUCAAUUGAUGAAACAAGUCUAUAUAUAUGUACUUCUAGCAUUUAUCCUUUAUUACUUCAAUUUUAGUGAAGGACCUUGUAAAUUGUAAUAUAUGAAGUGGGUUGAGAUUUAUUUUUGUGUUAAAUUUGCAAUGGGAAUAUGAAGGUGUUUGAAUAUGAUGAUGAUUAAGAAGAUAGUUUUGGUG